AUGGCUGUGAAAAAGGGCUGGGCGAUAGCCCUAAUAAAUCUUUGUUUUUCUACUGUUAUUUUAUCUUUUAACUUGGAUCCGAGAUUACCAAUAGUGAAAAGAGGACCCUCAGGAUCAUAUUUUGGAUUUUCCUUGGCGCAGCACACGGUGGUCGAGUCUUCAUCAGAAAGAAAUGUAUUUUUGGUUGGUGCCCCUAGAGCCACAUUAAGCACAUCUAAUAUUGAGAAGCCAGGGGUUGUGUACAUAUGUCCAGUCAGUACUGGUCUAGGUGAUUGCAAUGAACUUCAGUUUGCAACUGCAUACAAUAAAUAUGCUGGAGAAGAUAAGGCCAACCAAUGGAUGGGAGUCACAGUCAGAAGUCAGGGCAAAGGGAAAGCUAUUGCAUGUGCCCAUAGACUCGUCAGUGGCCUCCCUCUCAAUCGCUAUGCUCAAGGUAUCUGCUACACCAUGUAUAACUCCCUUGAUGAGGAGGACCCGAUCAUGCCCUGCAGUGGUUUACCAACAACACUAGGACAUGAGCAGUAUGGGUAUUGUCAGGCUGGAACUAGUGCAGCCCUAGAAGAGGAUGGUGAUCUGCUCAUUGGAAUUCCUGGGCCAUACCAUUGGACAGGUGGCGCUGCAAAGAAGGAUCUAGCCAAUGAGUUCACUUCUACCUGGUACAGGAGCCGAAUGCUUAGCAACAAGAAUAAACCAUUGCCACCAGUUAGUCUCUAUUCCUAUGCAGGUAUGUCAGUAGCUGUAGCAGAGUUCACAGAAGGCAAAAAGACAUACCUGGCAGGGGCUCCAAGAUCCAAAGAUAAAGGAGAGGUCCUGCUAUUUCACACCAAUGAUACAGAUGAUGGUCUGGAUAUAUUCAAUGCAGAUGAUAUCUUACAGGGAGAACUGUUCAGUUCCCUCUUUGGAUAUGAUAUCCUCCCUGUUGAUCUCAAUAAUGAUGGGAAAAAAGACUUGAUUGUAAGUGCCCCCUUCUACCAUGCGAAAGGAGUUGGUGGUGUCAUCUACAUCUACGAAAAUGAUGGAUCUGGAAUCAACACGAAUUCAAAGAGAAAAAUGAUCAAGAGUCGCAAGAUGCCUGAGAAGGAAUGCAUGGAGCUGAACUGUGAACAUGCAAGAUUUGGUUUCAGUCUCGCUCAUGUUGGAGAUCUAAACUAUGACGAUUUCCAAGAUGUUGCAGUGGGUGCACCAUACGAGGGUAGGGGAGUCGUUUAUAUAUUCCAAGGUUCUAGAGAUGGCAUCAAAGAGGAAUAUGUACAGAGAAUUGAGGCCAGCGACUUAAUCACAAAUUCCCAAUUGAAGUCAUUUGGAUAUUCUCUCUCUGGUGGAAUUGACAUGGACAACAAUGCUUAUCCCGACCUUGUGGUGGGAGCUUAUGAAUCCAAUGCAGCUGUUAUCCUUCUGUCUCGGCCAGUCAUCCAGAUACAUUCAACUGUUGGUAGCUCCCCUGAAUUAAUAGACCCCAGUAUUACAACUUGCGAGGGCACCAGCAGAGAUCUCUUGUGCUUUGAUGUUAUUGCAAAGUUCCGCUUCACUGCAAAACCAGAAGACAAGUUCACUGAAAGAUAUGCAAUUAAUUACAAGAUUGAGGCCGAGAGAUUCACAGGAAAACGUUUUGUACGAGUAUUUUUCAAGAACUCUCCAAAUCCAAAUGAUGAGGAUAAGAACUACUAUGCUGAGGGCCGUGUACAACUUUAUGCCCAGAGUAAUCCAAGUAUGAAGGAAAUUAAACAAAAAGUGUUUGUCAAGAAAAGUAACCGUGACUUCUUGAACCCAAUACAGUUCAAGCUGACGGUGGAGUUGGAAGAGAACAUACCGCCACCCAUUAACCCCUCAAACCCAAACAUGCCUAAUCUCAACCAAUAUCCUAUUUUAGACCAAUCAACAUCUGAGGUCACAUUCCCAGUUGAUUUUUUGAAGAACUGUGGUGAAGACCAGACUUGUACAUCCAAUCAGGAGGUCAGAGCUUUCUUCAAAGAUCUGGAACCUGACGAAGAUGAUUCUACAGUGUCUGUAUUGAGCAUUGGUGUGAGAAAAGAACUUGAAGUGCGUGUAUUACUGACUAACAAUGGUGAAGAUGCUCAUGAGAGCACAUUAACUGUCACUAUCCCAGAGAAACUUUCUUACAUAGGAACCAACAAGGAGGGCAAAAAAUAUGGCUGUGACAGAGUAGAAAUGACAACCGUUGUGUGUGAAAAUAUGGGUAAUCCUCUGAAGAAUGGAGUUGAAGAGGCUUUGACCUUGAGGUUUAACCCCUUGGCAUUGACCCCUACUCCAGAACCAUUAGAAAUACAUGUUCAAGUCAAUACGACAAGUAAAGAGAUAGAUGUCUCUGAUAACAGUGUGAUACUUAAACUGAGGGCCAUUGUGAAAGCUGAAAUGGAAGUGACUGCUUCAUCUGACCCUGAGCAGGUACUCUAUGGGGGAGAGGUGGUAGGGGAAAGUGCAAUUCGAUAUGAGGAUGAGAUUGGCCAACCUGUCACACAUACAUUCCAGGUAUUGAACAAAGGUUCAGGAACAGUGCCAAGAUCUAAGCUGGUCAUAGAGUGGCCAUAUGAAGUGUACAACACCCACUUCCCCCAGGGCAAACAUCUGCUCUACAUCAUGCAGGAACCUUCAGUAACCAACGCAAAAUGUACCAUUGACCCUAAGUAUGUCAAUCCUCUUGGCAUUGAGCUGAGGGUUGAUAGAAAUGUAAAUGAGGUUGGGUCGAAUCCUGGUACUACGGUGGAGGUAGAUGGAGCUACUGAAGCUCCGUAUGAAGUGGAUACAACAGAGGCACAAAAUUUACGACGUAAAAAACGUGAGGCAAAAUAUGAAACAGUAGUUAAGGCAAAGGAAAUAUCAGUUGGACAGCAGAAAAUUCGACGUGUUGAUAUGGUUUGCAACAGUACCGCUAAGUGUUUCAAGAUUUUCUGUGAUCUAAACCUUCUCAGGGCUCAGGAUUCAGCUGUUAUACGUAUACGUGCUAGAUUGUGGAAUAGCACCUUUGUAGAGGAUUACAGGAAUGUUGAUCAAGUAUUAAUACGCUCCAGAGGUACCCUAUUUAUAGACCCAGCAUUAAACAUAGAACAAGAUAAAACAGAUGAUGACAUGGCUGAUGCAAUUACAACUGCCCAGCCUGAUAUAAAGAUAGCAGAGCCCCCUGGUAUCCCACUUUGGAUCAUCAUAGUAGCUGCAAUAGGUGGCGUCUUACUUCUCGUCAUUUUAGUCAUUGUUUUGUGGAAGCUUGGAUUCUUCAAACGUAAACGACCUGAAGAUAUGGACAUGAUACAAGCAGAUUUCAAAAAGCGAAAAGGAAAGGGUGCAUAUGAUGACGAUGAUAUGUAGUCAUUUCUUUAAUUUGGAGUCAUAUUUAUAUAGUCAUUACAUUUCAUUAUAUCUGAUGCACGUCAAUCACACAUCUCAUCCAACAUCAAUUUUAUUGUACAACUAGCACAUACUUAUCAUCAUGAUUUUAUAUAAUCAAGCAUCACUGUUUUCGUUAGAUUUCUGAUGCAUUUUUUACUGAAACAUUUCAUGAACAUUUGAAGGAUGAAUCAAUAUUUGAUUUACAGUUUACGACAUAUGCCAAUUGUAAAAUAAGAUCAUUUGCAUAUUGUAUUUGGUCACAUGACUUAAGUCUUUCACAGCUGUUGUAAAAAUAUGUGAUUGUAUUGUAAAAUAAUGUGCAUAUUGUGCAGAAAUGUGCCUAUUGCUGUAGUAACUGGUUGUUUCACCUUGAUUGGUGCAACUAAAUCCCAUCGUGUUAAACCAUAUUGGCAAAAUUAUGUGUUCAAUAUGAAAACUCAUCAUGUGUAUAUAUUUCACGAAUGAAAUGUAGAGAAACAUUGUUAAAGACAUUUUCUUAGGUAACUACAGUGAAACCUGUAAAGUGGAA